AUGCGUCCUUUCAAGAAGAGUCAUCGUAUGUGCAAUAUUUUGAUAGUCCCACGCGUUUCAAUCAUAUUUUGUUUAAAAUUAACUUUUCUAGCGUUAUCCGGCAAGAUUAAAUACUACAGGCCUCUCGCAACAAGAACGGCGACUCUCAUAAUCCUGCUGGUAGCCACAUUACUGCUCAUCGCAUUGCUCGAAUAUUCCUGCCAUGUGAUUACACAACACUCAGGGUUUGGGUCUACUGCUGAAGAACUUGUCAAUAUUACUCGCUCGAAGCUGAAUGAGAGAAAUGCAGAUAAACAUCAAAAAAGGGCUGGAGAAGCAAGUCUUCCCAAUGAGAUAAGCCCUUCUACUCCAGUGGGCUCUGCAGCAUCCCCUUCUUUAGCUACAACUCCAAUGACUUCAUCUACAAAGUCUACCACUCAAACAAUCUUUAACACUGCCGCGUCUACAUAUUUGACUGCCAAGGCGACAACAAACAUACCGGUGCCAAUUGUGAUGCUUCUGACUAGUGAAUAUGUGUCAAAAAUCACGGGUUUUCAACCUCCUAUUAAAGUACCUAUCUUUAUUCUAAAUCCUACCACCGCAGGUAAGGGAUCAUCACCUAGCAAUGAAGAUACCGCAGUGGAUAAAGUCCCAUUUACCUCCAUAAAAGUUUCGGACAGCACCACUAUCGAAGUAAUCAUAUUUACAUCAACUUCUAAUAAUUCAGACAGGACAUUGGUUGAACCGAUCAUCACGUCGUCGUCCCCAAUACGAAUAGCACCUUCAACAAGCAAUGGGUCUCAGAAUGAGCCAACGACAGGUAAUCCCACCUCCGUACCUACUGGGACGGCUAGGAACGACUCAAGUAUGUUAGUCAUUGUAUCAACGUUCAAAAGUGUCUAUGAAAUUACCAUCUUUCACACUAGCUCUAGUACUACUGUCGACAGACCAGUAGCGACGAGUGCCAAUUCAAGUGGAACUUUCUUGUAUCAUAGCAACGGUGCAGUUACUGCACCAGAUCAGAUCACUUAUCGACAAUAUCUCACAGCUUCAUUUUUACCCCUUUUAUUGGCUAUGUUUUAUGCGAUUCCAUGGCGCAUUCUGGAAAACACAGUCCGAUAUAUGGAACCCUUGUAUCAACUAAGGCCAUUCUCGCAUUCCACAGUGUCUGAAGCCAUACACAUAGAUUACGAGAGUCCAUCGAUAUUCAUUCUCCCUUUCAAAUCUUUAUCCCGGAUACACCUUACAAUGUUCAUAACAAGUCUGAUCUCAGUCAUGAUGCUUGCAGUCGCACCUCUUGCUUCGCAAGUCAUGAUAGUAGUUGAAAGUAAUUAUUGCGUAGGAACUGGUCUUGCCACCUGCGACAGCUGGGGAAUAUAUCCUAGUUUUGCACGACUUCUCAAAGGAUUACUAGGUUCCAUUGCAAUAUUUACACUCUUCUUGAUAUUUGCAGGACUACGCCGAGAUAGUGGUGUAAAUAGUGAGCCAUUAAGCUUAGCUGGGCUAGCAGUCAUACGUCGCAAGACUCCCCUUUCAAUACAGGCAAUAAACGAUAGCGAGACAAAAUUAGAAGAAGAGGAUAUUCGCAUCUCCACUCAGGGAUAUACGUUUUAA